UGGCUUUUUGCGAUGGCCGCCAGUGGGCGAUGCGUCGUGGGGCGAGGGCGGGAUGGACUUCAAAUUAAUGACCUACGUAAGGUCCUGUCUGUCUGUCUCUCUGUCUGUCUCGUGCGAGCAUGAUGAGUGAAUUAGACGGCCUGCCUGGUGCGUGUGUGUCCUGUCUGAUAGAUGUGUCAUGUGCAUCCCCCGUCCACUGACUGUGGUAUUUGUGACGCAGCCCUGCUUGAAUGAAUGAGGGGCCCAUGGAUCCGACUUGUCUGGCAUGUGAGCUACUGCAACUCAUGCUCCGCGUCGCUGACGGCUUUCGCAGAAGCAACGCUGGCCCUUUCCGAUUGCGAGCUCACAUCUCCGAGUCGUCGGCAAGCGUAGGAACGUUCCGAAGCAGUAGUCUGUCCUAUCCUGGGGAUCACCAAAUUGGUUCCGUCCGUUGCGCAUGGUUGGCGGUCCCCACUGCAGCCCUGCGCAUGGUUUGCUUAGAAAGCCCUAGGAGUGAGCGACAGUCCCACUGCCUCCUCCUCCUCAUCGUUGCAGCUGCGGCAGCUGUGCAGAGGUAGCGACAUCAGCAACAUCACAUCAACACACGCAUGGCACGGGGGGAGAGGGGGAGGUGCAUUUGCAUUCGCUGCCUGCUGGCAUCUGCUGUGGUGCGUUUGGUGGCGUGGUGUGUGCGUGUUGUGCAGAUCUGUCGCGUUUGUGCCCUCACCGCUGAUUCGAACAGCCCCCCUAAGUGCGCGGUAGGUACAUACAGUGCACGACUAGCACCCAGCUCACAGAGAGAGCCCUGCCUGCGUCGCGUCUACCGCACGAAUGCUCAUGCAGCGAGCUGUGCUGUGCAUACAUACUGUGUUGUGUUCAGGCCAUCCCGUUCUUCUGUGUCUUUAUCAUCAAUGGAGCCCCGUUUGCGGCACCGCAGCCAGAUCGCGCAGCAGGCGCAUCGCGACCACCGCACUGGCGGGCCUGAUGGGGGGAAUGCGGCGGAUGAGGAUAAGAAGGGCAACAAGGGGGACUUCUUCCCAUUCAGAAAGGUAUGACCGGUCGUUGAGAGAGAAGGUGUAAUAGUGACGGACACACAACACACCCAUACAUACAUCGUGAUGUCUUGUGUGGGUCAUGCGCAUGCGAUGCGGUGCGUGUGUGUGUAGGAUGAGAUAGAGAGCGAGAGCCGGAACUUGCAGUUUGUCGAGACCACCACACUCAGGUAUGUAGGUCAAACAAUUUGACGACCAGGCAGGGCAAGCAGCAGGGCAGGCGGUCUGGGGGCUGCUUAGUGACGUGACGGACGAACAGACGAGCACGCUUGGUUUGGUUGCUUCCGUGCGGUUCGUGUGCAGGAAGCAGCUCAAGAUCUUCAAAGCCCUCGCGUGGCCAUACUUUCAAAAGGUGUGUAUGGGUAUGGGCCUUUUGGCUUGGCUGUCUGUUCGUACGCUCUCAGUCAGUGUGUGCAGUGCAUGGUGCGUCUUGUGUUCUGUUGUGUGCCGUGUAGGAGUCGCGAGCCCGCCAGCAGUUUGGGCUGGUGAUCCUCCUGACCCUCCUCAACUCUGGUGGGUACACACAACACAGAGAGAGACGACGUACACACACACACACACAGACACACACAUGGAUGGAUGGAUGGAUGACCCGCGUGUGUGGUGCAGGUGUGUCGGUGUUGUUCUCGUACAUCGGGCGGGACUUCUGGAACGCACUCAGCGAAAAGAACGAAGAACUUUUCAACACCGUAUGUGUGAAGAGCUCCACACACACAGCCAAUCACACACUCCCCAUAUCUAUGUGGGUGUGCGUUUGUCAAUUGCGCAUGGCCUGUGUGUGCAGAUGUUGCUUCGGUUCUUCGGAGCGUUGGUUGCGGGCAUUCCCAUCACCGUAUUCUACACAUUCGUCAGAAGACGGGUCGGUCGCUGGGGGUGGAUGGACCCACAAGACACACACCCACACCCAGACGCAUGUGUGUGUGUGUGUGUGUGCUUGUGCUGUGUGUCUAUUGCCUGUGACAUGACAGUUGGGUCUGGAGUGGCGUCAGUGGAUGACCACCGAAGUGAUGAAGGAAUACUACGCACACAGGUCGGUUCGGACCACUCCCACUCCUACACAUACAGACAGGGGGGCUUUUAUCCAUCCAUCCAUUUAUCCAUGGUGCAUGUGUGUGUGUGUGCGUGGCUCUGCACUCACUGCCCUCCCUGCAGGUCGUAUUACCUCAUAGAGAGCAACAAGGAGAUCGACAACCCCGACCAGCGAAUCGCAGAAGACAUCAAGUACACACCUACACACCACACACCACACCCACCGCACACACACGCCUGGCAUGUCUGUCCGUGUGCUGUGUGUCAUUGAAUGCAAUGCAAUCAUUGGUUUGAUGAAUCGAAUCUCUCAGCUCCUUCACGAAUGUGUCGUUGGAUUUCUUCAUCACGUGCAUGACGUCCGUCAUCGACUUCCUGGCAUUCAGCGCCAUCCUGUACUCCAUCGACCCCAACCUCUUUCUCGCCGCGGUAAGUACGUGGGCACUUCCCCUGCACACACAUCCUUCGUGUGUGUCUGUGUCUGUGUCUGUCUGUCUGAGUCAGUUCCUCUAUUCAAGCGUCGGGACCUAUUUCACCGUCACCAUCGGCCGCCAGCUGGUCGGUUUGAACUUCGAGCAGCUCCAGAAGGAGGCCGACCUCCGAUACUCGCUCGUCAGGUACACCUGACCCCACCCCCCCGCUGCCACCCCACCCACACACAUCACAUCAACCACGCACACCACCAUGUACUUGUCCGUGUGUGUGUACUUAGGGUUCGCGAGAACGCCGAGAGUGUGGCCUUUUACGGCGGCGAGGAGAUCGAGGGGAUGGAGAACGAGCGGCGGCUCAACCGUGCCGUCAGCAACUACCGCGACAUCAUCGGCGUGCAGCGGAAUCUGGAGUUCUUCACUGUGGGAUACAGAUACAUCAUUCAGGCAACCAACCACAACACAACACAACACAACACACAGUCCAUCGCAUUGCACCUUCUUAGCGCACAUGCCGUGUGUCUUGAUUUGUCCUGUGCUGUGCUGUGUCUGCAGAUAUUGCCGGCCUUUGUGGUGGCCCCCCGGUACUUCGCGGGCGCGAUUGAGCUGGGUGAGUGCACUGAGGGGGAUCCGCUCGUCCACCAAUAUAUGUGUGUGUGUGUGUGUGUGUGUGUUGAUGGCAGGUGUGAUAAGUCAGUCCUACGGAGCCUUCAACCACAUCCUCAGCGACCUCUCCAUCUUCGUCAACCAGUUCGAGGUGGGCAACCAACCAAUCAUCCUCCCUCCCACCGGCCCCCGCCAGAAUCUUAUAAUUGUGUUAUGUACUUUGGUUCUUGUGUGUGUGUGUGUGUGCAGCGCAUCAGUGCGUUCAGCGCUGGCGUUGACCGUCUGGGUCAGUUUGUAGAUUUCCUCGAGAUGCAGCGGCGCCGGUCUGUCGCCAUCAGAAACGACACACUCACCACCGCCACACAAACUGAGGAAGGUAAGGAGCUGUGGUCGGUCAGCACACACACACGACCACAGCUAACAUCGGCAUUCUCUGUGUGGUGUGCCAUGUGUGUCAGUGGUUAGCAAUGGGCUGCCUGCCUCGGGGGUCUUGAGGCGUGCAGACACCAUCUCGACUGCCGCCGGUGAGUUGACUGUGUGGAGUGUACUGCACACACACACACAGCACACAUACACACUUACAACAAACAUGCGGAUGCAUGCCUAGACGAUCGCUGCACGUCACCUGCAGGGUCUAGUCACGACCUGAUGAUGGGGUCGACGGGCGAGAUACCGCCCUCCACUGGUAGGUACCUACCCACACACAGGCAUCCACAACCACGCACACACACACACACAUGUGUGUGUGUGUGUCAUGUGUCUGUCUGCUCGUGUCUGUGUGUCCUCAGGUGAGGAGUCGACGAUAAGCCUGCCUCCGUCCACUGCCGGCGUGUGGCUCGCCAAGACCACUGAGGGCCUCUUCAAAAUGCCAAUCGACGAGGAGAAGGAAAACGGUAUGCAUGUACCAGACACAUACUCAGCAAGCCACACAGGCAGGCAGGCAGGCACACAGAGGCAGGCGCAUUGGUUGGGUGCGUGUCUGCAGGGUUUCCCUCCCAGAUACGCACUUUGGCACUGCCUGGUGCCACGCUCGUCAUGAGAGACGUCAUGGUCAAGACGCCUGACGAGUGAGGGAGGCAGGCACCUCACACACACACCACAGCCACCAUACGCUCGCUGCCCAUGAAUAUGUAUGUAUGUCUCUUACCUACCGGUCAGGAGUCGCACGUUGACCCGCGAUUUGUCGCUGACGCUGUCUGAGGGCGAGCACAUGCUCAUCGUCGGCAACAGCGGCACUGGUAUGAAAAACCAACCGGCACACAUUGCAAUGCUUGCCGACUUUUUGUGUGUGUGUAUGCCAUCUCUCUCUUGUGUGUGUGUGUGUGCAGGGAAGUCGUCUCUGUUGCGCGCCAUCGCCGGGCUGUGGACCAACGGUGCGUUCGUUCUUUCCAUGUGUGAGGUGUGCAUGAGUGCCCAUCCUUCCUUGUGCGGGGCUGGGUUGGGGUGUCUGUCCAUGUGUGUGUGCUCACGUGAAGGCAAGGGCUGGAUCGAGCGCCCCCCGCCGGGCGAGAUGUUCUUCCUCCCACAGAGGCCAUACUGCACACUAGGUGGGUAACAACUGACACACGCACUCGCUGCCUGCACCCAUCGUCGCAUCCGCCAUGGGUCUGUGUGUGUGUGUGUGUGUGUGUGGCCACCCCACAGGCACUCUGCGCGACCAGUUACUGUACCCCCGCACGCCCAAGGACAAGACGACUGACAAGCAGGUAUGUGGAUAUGUUAUGUGCACAGCACACAGGUGAGGUGCGUGCCUACCGUACACACGCAUGUAUCAAUCAACAGGGCGGUGAUUCGUCCCCGACCAGCGUGUCUACGGCCGACUCACCGACCAACCACAACCACAACCACAACCACAAUGGAAGGAGGAAAGAUGGUCCGCACACGCACAUACAAAAGCACACACGCUUUGAACGAACAUUGAGUGUCUGUCUGUGUGCACUGCAGCGCACCACCACCACUCUGCAUCUGCGGGAUCCCGUCUGCCGUCCAUCGACGAGGAGGAGGAGUACAUUUCGGACGAGAGCCUGCUGGCCAUAUUGGAAAAGGUAGGUACACACGUUCGUUGUGAUAGUUAUAACACACACACACACACGCGCAAUCUCUCACACAUACUCUCACCUGAAUGGAUGAUACACACUCACACUCGCGUGCGUGUAAGCAAUUAAAUUGUGUUUGUUUCAUCCAUUCAGGUGAGGCUGGGCGACAUGGUGCGGAGAGUUGCCGAGGUGGGUGGGUGAAUCGAAUCUGUCUGCACACACACAUGCAGACAAAAACGCAUCGUGGAUGGAUGGAUGGAUGGAUUUCGUCCCGGCUUUCGUUCUGCCUCCCUCCCUCCAGGCCGACCAGCUGCCCAACGGCCUCGACGCCGUGCGCGACUGGUGAGUGUGUAUACACAUGGAUACACACACAUGUGAUGUGUACCGCGUUCCAAAUGUACACCCGUUGUGUGUUCGGUUCGGUUCGCACAGGUCGGACAUGUUGUCGUUGGGUGAGCAGCAGAGGCUGGCCUUUGCCAGGCUUCUCGCCAACAGGUGGGCCUCGUGGGCCUCAAUGUCCACACACCACACCAUACCAUGGUGUGCUGUGCACCAUCAGGCCCCGGUUAGCUGUGUUGGAUGAGGCGACGAGCGCGUUGGAUUUGGGCACGGAGGAGGCCAUGUACAAAACCAUGGCGGUGCGACACACGCACACACACACACACACACAUCGCACCUCCUCCAUGGAUGUAUUGCGUGUGUCAACAAUUUAAACAGGAGGAGCUGCCGCGUCUGACGUAUGUGAGUGUGGGCCACAGGCCGUCGCUGCUCAAGUUCCACGAACAGAAACUCAGACUUUUCCCUGGUAACCAUAGCAUACACACGCACACACACACAUCCCUCCCUCCCUCCCUCCCUGCACCCUUGAUGUGUGUGUAUGUGUGUGCAGACGGCACGUACGACUUUGAGCGGAUCAUGCGCGACGCCGAGGCGAGAAGGGAAUACCAGACGCUCUGAGCAAGCCGCCAGCCACGAUAGAUAGACAGACAGACAGACAGAUGUGUAUAAGCUCAGAAGGGGAGCGAUCGAUGCCAUGCACGACAGGGGCCGAGAGAGUUUUUGUGGAAUAGAUAAUACACAGCACACACAGAGGGGAGGGCCUGAGAGGGGGGGGGGGUGUGGAUGGGUGCAUGUCUGUCUGCCUGAGUGUGGGUGUGUGCAUACAUCCCGAUGGGUUCGAUUUUGAUGCACACGCAGAUGUGUAUGUAUGUCCAGUCAGUCCACCUAUGGUUUUGCCAUCUAUCCUCUCAUAGGUACCUACCUCCCUGCCUACGUGUGUGUGGUGUGUGCGGUGUGUGUGGUGUGUGUGGUGGGCGAUGUUUGUGCAUAGCAUAGGGCGGCUUGUAUGAUUUGGCUGGGGGCGGGUUGCUUUUGUGACAUCUGCCAUUGAUGUGUCCCUCCCUCCAUCUGUGUGUGUCUUGCCAAGCAAGCGACAGACAGACGGACAGACAGACACAGACAUGUGUGUACCAUGUACGCAGCCUACAGUGUAUAUCAACGCUCCAAGCGU